AUGAAGUGAACUCUGAUAUAUGGCGAGCCUUAAGAGGGAUACUCGCCUCACGCCCUGGCAGAGCACCCUCUGUGGAGGGAUAGCUGGGGUGGCGAGCCGGACACUCACUGCUCCCCUGGAUGUAGUGAAGAUUCUUAGCCAAGUGGGCACUUUCCACACCAAACAGGGUUUCGCCGGCACUUUCAAGCUGCUGUGUAAGGCGGAAGGUGUGCGAGCUUUGUGGAAAGGUAACCUCACUGCCUGUGUGCGCCUCUUUCCCUACAGUGCUGUGCAGCUGGCCGCCUAUCGCAGGUUUACUUUGCUGUUUAUGGAUGAUUUGGGACGGAUUUCAAAAUGGCAAGCUAUAGUAUCAGGUGGCCUGGCUGGAGUGGUUGCAGCAGUUGUUAUCUAUCCUACUGAUAUUGUCAAGACAAGGCUAAUAGUUCAGAACAGCCUAGAACCCACAUACAGAGGGAUAAUACAUGCUUUGUGUUCUAUAUAUUAUCAAGAAGGAUUCCGCUCUCUCUAUAGAGGGAUUUCACUAACUGUUCUUGGAGCAAUACCUUUCUCAGCAAGUUUGUUCUUUAUGAAUAUUAGCUUGGAUAGAAUCUGGCAGGAACCUGGUGUUUGCUUAUCUCCCCUUCAGCAUUUUGCCAAUGGCUGUUUGGCGGCGGCAGUAGCACAGACUAUGUCCUUCCCUUUUGAAACUGUAAAAAGAAAAAUGCAGGCACAAAGCCAGUUUCUUCCUCACUGUGGUGGAGUUGAUGUCCAUUUUAAUGGGAUGCUCAAUUGUUUUAGGCAAAUUGUAAAGACAAAGGGAGUGCUGAGUCUUUGGAAUGGUCUUACUGCCAACAUCCUAAAGGUGGUGCCCUAUUUUGGUCUGAUGUUCAGCACAUAUGAAUGUUGCAAGAGGUUUUGUCUGUAUCAGAAUGGUUAUAUUAUAUCUCCCCUGGGUUACCAGCUAACCCCUGGUGUAGACCAGAGUCUUCGACCUCAAGAAUUGCAGGAGCUACGCAAAUUUCUAAGAGCCAAGGACUUUGCAGCCAGAAAACCAUCACUAAAGAGCUGAUUGUGGACAAAAAUGUUACAGGAGAAGACAUAUGCCGAAAGCAGGCCACAGAUCAACAGUUUCUAGCUGUGUUUAGAACCAACUUUGCUUGUAAAGUGCUGCCGUGAAAACCACCACUGGUUUGGGUGAUUAAACUCUGUUGUAAUCUCAUAAUAGUCAAAUGACCUGGAAAAUCAAACUGAAUGAUGGCCACAUUCGGCACUGGUAGGUAAUGAGUCGGCCUAGAAUUGCAUAGUCCCCACGGUUGCCCAUAUUAUAUUUAAAUGAUACAGUUGUGCAGCUAGUGGGCUGAUCAACAGGAUAACUACAAUCUGGCCUUCCAUUCAUGUAACUGUUAUAACAUAUAACACUAAUAUCUGCAUGAUCUUCCUUUGGGAUGAUUGGUCUGUUAUAUAGACUAUGUGCAGCUAGUGCAAAAACAUUGAAUAAUGCUUAAGAUGCCUCAGGUUGAUACAUACAGUAUAAAGUUUGUGUAUGUACUGUAUGUGCUUAAGUGUUGAAACUAAUAGCCAUGAUCCCCUUUAAUAUUAUAUAAAAUGUGUUACAGGAUCUUUGUUUUAUGUUUAGAAACACAUGUUUAAAUUCUUUGGAUUUGAUUUUUUUUUGUUUUGUUGUGUUUCAUCCCUGUGAAGUAAAGUGGAUCUGGUGUAAAGUAACAGAUCCUGGAAGUAAGGGCCUAGUACAGUGCUCACUUGCUUGUGUACAACACCCUAUGGCUUGAGUACAGCAACAGCUGUGCAGCCUUCAUUUUUUUUUUUAAUCCCUGACCUAGUGAAUGCUCUUCGCCAGUAAGGUUUCCAGCAUUCAGUAGUCAGAUUUAGUUCCUCUCAUCAUCUGUUGAAAGCUAUUAAUCUCUCUGCAAGCCAAAGCGAAAUGUGUGUAAUGUCAAAUCCAUCCCUUGGUAUCAGAGCAGGGUCAGCCUGCUAAGAACGGAUUCGCUUUACUACAAUGUGAUCUUGAAAGUUUGAAGCAGCACACGUGCCUUUUUAGGAACAAUACUCCAAGGAUCCAGUGACCACUUUGGCAUGAUACAAACAUUUAAAUAGGAAUGCAAACCAGGAUAUACAAAAUCCAGUAUCUUCUACCAGAUUUCAUGAAAUGUAUUAUUUUUGAGGGGUUAUAGCAUUUUUUGUAUAGGGAGAGCCAAAGCCUCCUUCUGCCCUCCAGUUUUUUUUUUUUAAAGAUCAGGUCUUGUGGAUUCAAAGCCAUGCAAGAUAGAGUAUGCAGUAUUCUAGAUUAUUCAUAAAUCAGAUUCUUGUACAUCAUCUUAAGGACUACUAUACAUUUAUUUUGUAUUGUACUUUUACAUAUUUAAUUUAUUAACAGGCACACACCCCAUGAAAGUUUGACUAGUUUAACAGGCAGUUUUUGGAUUUUCAUAAUUUGCCAUUGUCUCUAAUGUUGGCUGGCCACAUACUUUCAUACCAGUGCCCAUAGCCCUUCCAUUGUUGUAUUACCCUUUUACACAGGUUUUAAGGCCUUUGGGAUUCAAGGGAGUUAGCAGUCCAACAUGAAAACAUUUGCAAAAUGUCUCUGCCGUGUUGAUUACCCACACAAUUUGGGAACCUCUGCCUUUCCAAGGAUGCAAAAUAAGGUAUCUGGAGACAUGGCCCAUCAAAAAUGACCAUAAAUGUAAUUUCACAUAGCAGGGACAUUUUCCUAGGUUUAUACCUAGUCUGCCAUACCAAGUAUUCCCCUGGCACAAUGUAGAAAAAGUUUUGCAGGUAUAAUUGUACUGGUAAACCAAUCCAACAGUUUUAAAAGUAAUGUCAACUGAUAGAUGAUUUUUUCCUAAGCGACUUUACAAUUAAAAUGUUUAGUUAUUUUAAAGUUAUUUGUUAAUUAAUUUUGCACUGUAGUUUCUUUUUCUCCUUUGCUAUAGUCUUCUCAGUUUCCCAGGCUAAAGAAAACAAUGUAUCAGAAAUCAGAUCUUCUUUUAAAACUCCAGAGUGAGUUGCAGCAUGACACAAAAGUGCUUUCUGAAUGAGCACUGAGGGGUGUGAUUUUCUGCCCUUUAGCAACCUAGCAUCCGGGGUCCUCCUUAAUGUCCCCUUUAAAGCAUUUUUCAUGCAGUGAAAAUGCUUUUAGAAUAAUAUAUCUUUAUCAUGCAAGAGUCAUCACUUAAUUUUGUAAUUCCCUUCCACUCAGAUGUUAUCGCUUUAUAUUGUACAUCCCUUAUGUGAAGAAGUUUCAUGCAUCUGUGGAUAACACUUGAUAUCUUGGUUCAAAAAACAAUACAGAUGCGUAGAAGUGGGCACAUUGCUUUUUUUGCAAAAUCUAUUUUACAGCAGCACGAUCCGCUUCAUGGCAACUAGGGUUGUUGCCGAUAUCUCACGGGGGGAAAUCCUCACCCAAAAAAAUUAUAAUGGCAGCUCCCAGUUACAAGUUAGCACAGCAGUGUGCAGUCUCAUCUGUGUCCUACCUCAUUUCUCCUGGAAUUAUUAUUUGUAAUAAUCUCAGGGGGAAUUUUAUUACAUAUAGUAUUAUGUAAUAGUUUUAUAUAUGCUAAGAAUAAUUGUAGUUUUAGAAUAUCUUAAGCACAAAGGCUUUUGUGGCCACUUUAUAACUUUAAAACUUUUUCUUGAAAGCUGCUAAAUAUUCUGUCAUACAGACCUAAUUUUUUUUUUUGUAUUUCUAUUACUUAGUUCUAUAUAAACUCAUGAUCACACAGGCAUUGUUGAACGCUGCAUUGACCUUGCUUCAUGUUCAAAACAUCCCAUGUAAUAAUGCCCUUACAAUAUAUGUUUAAUGCUACUAGAAAAAAAGUGGCUGAAACUGCUUUUGCCAUCUCCCAUUGACUUCAGUGGAAAAGGGACAUUGUGGAAAUGUAAUUACAACCUUCUGUAUAAUGGCUUUCUGGAUAAAUAAUGCCAUACCAGUACAUAUAUUUUCUUUAGCAUGGUCUGAACUUCAAACUGUAUUGUGUAAUAAACUAUAGCUAUAUAUUUGUUCUAAUUAUAUACUGCAAAGUGUAUCUUUAUUACACAAUGAUAAAGUCUUUAUUAAAUUAAAAAGUUUUAUUAAAAAGUGA